CAUUGUUUUGUAUUUCUUAAAAUAAAUGCGGUAAUUUGCGUGAAAAUCGUAGUGAUAAAUUGCUUGCUGGUUGUCCUUAUUUGUUUCUCUGUCCGUCUAUCUGAUCUGAUUGUGAGUGCAGACCAAGAGCAAUGGGAAGGAGCGGGUUGGCUUUGGUUCUCGCGAUUCUGAUCUCUUUCCAAGGAACAAUCCUCGUCAGAUCCGAUGGCUCCGAUCACCGUUACAAGGAAGGAGAACCCGUUCCCCUUUACGCCAACAAAGUCGGUCCCUUUCACAACCCCAGUGAAACAUAUCGGUACUUUGACCUGCCAUUCUGUGUGACAGGCAAGGAGAAAGAAAAGACCGAAGCUCUUGGGGAGGUUUUGAAUGGCGAUCGCCUUGUUAGUACUCCUUAUGAACUUAAUUUCCGAACAGAGAAAGAUGCUAAGCUUGUAUGCAGUCGGAAGCUCACAAAGGAGCAAGUUGCUCAGUUUCGAGAAGCAGUUAAGAAGGACUAUUAUUUCCAGAUGUAUUAUGAUGACUUGCCAAUUUGGGGAUUUAUUGGGACGGUUGACAAGGAAGGGAAAACUGAUCCUAGCGAGUACAAGUAUUUUCUUUACAAGCACAUUCAGUUUGAUAUUCUGUACAACAAAGAUCGAGUGGUUGAGAUCAGUGCCCGGAUGGAUCCUCACUCUGUGGUGGACCUGACUGAGGAUAAAGAUGUUGUUGAUGUUGAUUUUAGGUACACAGCAAAAUGGAAGGAAACUGACACUUCUUUUGAGAAGAGAAUGGAAAAGUACUCUCAAUCUUCUUCUUUGCCUCAUCACCUUGAGAUUCACUGGUUCUCGAUCAUAAACUCCUGUGUAACAGUGCUUCUUUUGACUGGUUUUCUGGCAACCAUUCUCAUGCGUGUAUUGAAGAAUGACUUUAUGAAAUAUGCUCAAGACGAGGAAGCUGCUGAUGAUCAAGAGGAGACAGGGUGGAAGUACAUUCAUGGUGAUGUUUUUCGGUUUCCAAAACAUAAGUCUUUGUUCGCAGCUUCCCUUGGUUCUGGUACUCAGUUAUUCACACUUACAAUCUUCAUUUUUAUGCUUGCAUUGGUUGGUGUGUUUUAUCCAUAUAACCGAGGUGCUUUAUUUACUGCACUGGUGGUCAUAUAUGCUCUCACUUCUGGCAUUGCUGGCUACACUGCUACUUCCUUCUACAUUCAACUUGAAGGGUCUAAUUGGGUUAGGAACUUAUUGCUCACAGGAUGCCUCUUUUGUGGCCCCCUUUUCCUUAUGUUCUGCUUCCUUAACACAGUUGCAAUUGUUUAUAGUGCAACUGCUGCCCUGCCAUUUGGCACAAUUUUGGUGAUAGUCCUAAUAUGGACAUUGGUAACUUCACCAUUGCUUGUGUUGGGUGGUAUUGCAGGUAAAAAUAGCAAAUCUGAGUUCCAAGCACCUGUCCGCACUACAAAAUAUCCUCGAGAAAUUCCACCUCUGCCUUGGUACAGGAGUACCCUUCCCCAGAUGGCAAUGGCGGGAUUUCUCCCAUUUAGUGCCAUCUACAUAGAGCUGUACUACAUUUUUGCAAGUGUAUGGGGCCACAGAAUUUAUACCAUCUACAGCAUACUCUUCAUUGUUUUUAUUAUUUUGCUGAUUGUCACUGCUUUCAUCACUGUGGCUCUGACAUACUUCCAACUUGCUGCCGAGGAUCAUGAAUGGUGGUGGAGGUCUUUCCUCUGCGGUGGAUCAACUGGGUUGUUCAUCUACGGCUAUUGCUUGUAUUACUACUAUGCAAGAUCAGAUAUGUCUGGUUUUAUGCAAACAUCGUUCUUCUUCGGUUACAUGGCCUGCAUCUGCUAUGGUUUCUUCCUAAUGCUUGGUAGUGUAGGUUUCCGUGCCUCCCUGCUCUUUGUUCGUCACAUAUACAGGUCCAUCAAGUGUGAGUAACUGGUGGCUGAACGUGUUCGUAAAGUUUAUAUUAUCUGUUAGGUGAAGACGAAAAAGGUCCAUGAUUUUUUUUCUCUUUUUCUGUCAUAAGGUAGGUAUUAUAGUGUGUACCUGAGAACUAGAGAAGCUUAGACCCUUUUCAUGAAUUGGUGUCAUGCUUUCUCUAUUACUGCACAGGCUUGCACCUAAGGAAGUUUUUGGACCAUGGGAUUUAAUCUUUCAUUGCUGUAGUCACUUAAUUUUAUUUGAAGUAGCUUGUAUUAUUUAAUCUGAAAAUGACCAUUUACAAUUAGUAUGAUUA